AUGGAGCAACCACCUGGAUUUGUUGAUCCUCACCACCCCACUCAUGUUUGUUUGCUUCAGAAGUCUCUUUAUGGUCCCAAACAAGCACCAAGGGCUUGGUAUGAGAGAUUUAGUCAGUAUCUUCUUCAAUAUGGCUUCUCAAAUUCUGCUUGUGACACCUCCAUGUUUAUCUAUCACAAAGGGACUGCAAGAAUGAUUCUUCUUGUUUAUGUUGAUGACAUUAUUUUAGUGGAUUAUUCAUAUGCUUUGCUUACUACAUUCAUUACUUCUUUAAAGUCUGAGUUUGGUAUGAAGGACUUAGGCCCCUUACAUUAUUUCUUGGGCAUAGAGGCCACUUAUGAUUCUAAAGCUCAGAAGUUAUUGUUGACACAAAAUAAGUACUCUCUGGAUUUUUUAAAAAAGCAUGGCAUGAUGGGAUGUAAACCUUGUAAAACUCCAGUUGCUCAAGGACAAAGGGCCUCUAUCUGUGACGGCACAAAUUUAUCUGAUGUUACUUUUUACAUAAGUUUGGUAGGUGGUCUUCAAUAUCUCACUCUUACCAGACCUGACAUAAGUUUUGCAGUUAACUAUGUCAGCCAGCUUUUGCAUAAACCAACAGAUGUUCAUCUUCAGCUGGCUAAACGAAUUUUAAGGUAUAUCAAGGGUUAUCUAGGUCAAAGGAUUACUCUUACUUUUGGUAACUGCUUUGAGCCACAGGAUUAUAGUGACAGUGAUUGGGCUGGCUGUCCAGAUACUCGCAGAUCUACUUCUGGGUAUUGUAUUUUUGUUGGUGGUAAUCUAGUCUCUUGGUCCUCUAAGAAACAACAAACCAUUUCUCGUUCUUCCACAGAGGAAGAGUAUCAUGGUUUAGCUAAUGUAGCUGCUGAGAUUUUACGGCUAUCCUACUUAUUUGAAGAAUUGGCAUUUCAUCUUUCUCUGCCCUGCAAAUUAUUUUGUGACAAUCAAGGUGCUGGGAGUCACACUGCAAAUCCAAUUUUUCACGCUCGGACUAAACACAUUGAAGUGGACUAUCAUAUGAUUAGGGACUUGAUCAAGUAUGGAUUCUUACGAGUUUCCUAUGUUCAUACAUCUCACCAGAUCGACUUAUUCACUAAAAAAUCGCAGUUCAGUGCUUUGUGGGCCAAACUAAUGCCUCCUGUACGGACAUCAGUUUGA